AUGCCGUUCGAUUUUCUGUGUUGUGUGAGACCUGGCGUCGAAGACGUGGUGGAGUUGGAUUACUCACAUCAAUCGCUGGUCGACUUCCCCACUGAAGUAUUUGUGUAUGAACGAACGCUCGAAACUCUACUGGUGCAGAGUAACCGUGUAACAGAACUCCCGCGACAAUUGUUCAUGUGCCAUGGUUUGAAAUAUUUGGAUCUCAGUGAUAACGAAGUUUCUACAUUGCCAGCAGCUAUUUCCUCUUUAGUGAACCUUCAGCACCUGAACAUAAGUAGAAACACUCUGACAUGUUUACCAGAAACUAUGAAAGCAUUAAAAUACUUGGCAUUCUUAGAUCUUAGUGUAAAUCCAUUAGAAAAACUGCCAGAUGCUAUUACAAACCUUACUGCUUUACAAGAAUUGUAUCUUAAUGACACAUACCUAGAAUAUUUGCCAGGAAACUUUGGUAGACUGGCUAAUUUAAAGAUACUUGAAUUAAGAGACAACUAUUUGAUGAUAUUACCAAAAUCACUAUCACGUUCCACAGAAUUGCAGAGAUUAGACAUAGGACAAAAUGAUUUUCAACAGUUUCCUGAAGUCAUUGGAAAGUUUGUAAAAUUAAAAGAGCUGUGGAUAGACAGUAAUAGUUUGACAUGUAUCACAUCCUUUAUAAAACCCUUAGAACAUUUAGUACAUCUGGAAGCAAGUAACAAUAUGAUAGAAGAACUUGCACCUGAAAUUGGAUUUUGUGCACGGCUAGCAGAUUUGACGCUGUCACUGAAUAAUUUGACACAGCUACCAGAUAGUAUUGGUCAGCUGAGCAAUUUGACUACAUUAAAAUUGGAUAAUAAUAGGCUAUAUUCUUUACCUGAGAGUAUAGGACAUUUGACAAAUCUGGAAGAAUUGAUGCUCAUGUGUAAUUUUUUAGACAAUUUACCGUCUACUGUGGGACUGUUACGGAGAUUACAAUACCUGAAUGUUGAUGAUAAUAUGUUGAUGUCAAUACCCCCUGAGAUAGGGAGCUGUACUAAGUUAUCUGUGUUAUCAGUGAGAGCAAACAAGUUGACUAAGGUCCCCCCAGAAGUAGGUCAUUUAACAUCUUUACGUGUAUUAAAUUUAGUAAGGAAUUCUUUAAGUUGUCUUCCUCAAACCUUGUUGAAUUGUGAUAAUUUAGUAGCCCUCUGGCUCUCUGAAAACCAAAGUAAACCUUUAGUGCCUAUGCAUUCUGAAGUAGACCCUCACACAUAUGAGCAAGUCCUUACUUGUUUCCUCUUCCCCCAAGUGCCUUUAACCCCUGUUGAAAUGAAAAUAGAAAAUGAGAAACCAGAGAAUGUGGAAAUCCAACCAUCAGCCCGCCAUAUAAGUUUUGUCGACUUGAAAGCUGCACCUAAAGUAACAGAAAAACCAGGCCAAUUGAGAAGAGCUCCGACACCUUAUCCAAAAGAGUUAAGGGCUUUAGCAAAGCAUGCAAGAAACAUUCAUAAGGAUGGUACUCAGGAUGUUUCACCACCCAUGCAGAAUGCAGUACACAUUAAAGCUGCUAAAAUAACACCUACUUUACAGCAAAGAUUUGCAUCUGACAACAAGAUGGAAGUGGAUAGUGCAGGGAAGGGCAAUUUAGGAACUACAACUAAAGAUCAAAUGAAAAUAUCUGUCUAUGAUAACAUGCCUGCAGAAAAUGCCUAUGAUAAACCUUUGGAUCUUACGUAUGAACAAGACAAAACAUACAAAAGUGUAGAUCAUGCUCUGUACUCGGAAAAUGCAACUGCUACUAUUGGUUUUAAAGCAGAUAGUGGAGAUUAUCACUUAGCACAAAGACAAUAUAGCUCAAAACAAAAUGACAAAAUCUACAGUUCGAGGCAAGAUAUUGACAGAACAGGUGUUACGUUAAAACAAAAUAUCCAUGGAGCAAACAAAGAGAGAACAAAUUAUGCUAUGUCUAAUGAUAUGAAUUAUCGAACUGGCUUAGGUGAUGCACAUAAUAGAUUACAAAGAUUAAGCUUAAGUUCACAAGAUAGGCAACCAAAUAAUGAAACUAUAUUAUUACCCCAUUUUAGUGAUACUACGUAUAAUAAUAGAUCGAUGUUGGAAAAUGUACCGUCUUUUGAUGCCAUAUAUGCUAGAAAAGGUCACAUAUGCCAUUCUGUCUCAGAAAACAACUAUCAUAAUAAUAAAUAUGAGACUGAAAAUUGUGCACAUGCCAAAGAUAAAAUUUACAAUCAAAAGAAUUAUGAUGCUUUAAAUUAUCACCCGCAUGUGCAUCGGGAUUUGUCAAGUCCUCGGGUACAUACCGUAAGUCAAGUGGUUAGCUCUACAACAAUGCCAAAUUUAAGCUCGUAUAGUAACUAUUCUGGUCCUGUUGUAGAGAGUCAUGAGUAUACUCCACCGCUGCAACAAACACAGUCACCAAAUGCUAACAUUUAUGGCAUGGCAGCAUCAAGUCCUACUUAUGUGUCAACACAGUCUCCAGAGCUAUACUCACCAACAGGCCAUACAAACACAACUAACCCCUAUCGAAUGGCAAAUACACCACUGAUCUCGGAUGAUGGAAGCUACAGUCACAUGCACUCACCAACUACUCAGAAUAUGUACGAUAUAUAUGAUGCCAUACCAGCUUCGCCUAACCCUAGUGUGGUUAACCACCGACACAGUCCUAGCAUUUCAGAACCAGUUUAUGGUCGAGGUCAGCCUCCACCUUAUCAUAUUGCAGCACCUUACACAAAACAUGCGCAGUAUUUCAAUGGAACUGGAGGAUAG